AUGAGCUCUACAGUCGCUUCGGAAGGUCAAAAGGCCGUGGUGAUGGAAAACACAUCUCGUAGAGAUGCCUUGACUGAAAUUGAAAAGAAGUACCAAGCCCUUUGGGAAGUGGAAAAACCUUUUGAAGUUAACGCACCAACCAACGAAGACAUUGCUUAUGGUACACCAACUGAUGAGCUACAUGAAAAAUUUCCUAAAUAUUUUGCAUCGAUGGCUUAUCCUUACAUGAAUGGGGUCUUGCACGCAGGUCACGUUUUCACCUACUCUAAGGCAGAAUUCACCAUUGGUUUUGAGAGAUUAAGAAAUAAAAACGCAUUAUUUGCCCUAGGUUUCCACUGUACUGGUAUGCCUAUCUGUGCAGCUGCAGAUAAACUUAAGAGAGAAAUUGAAUUGUUUGGUGAGGAUUUUUCUGGCGUCCCUGCGGAAGCUGAGGAAGAAGUUGAGGAACCAAAAAAGGAUGAUAAAGUGAAAACUGAUCCAACCAAAUUUUCUGCCAAGAAAUCCAAGGUUGCUCAAAAAACCGGUAGGGCAAAGUACCAAUUUGAAAUUAUGCAACAAUUAGGUAUUCCACUUGAUGACAUUAAAAAAUUCCAAGAUCCUUAUCACUGGCUAGAAUUCUUUCCACCUUUAGUUGAAAAACACGUUAAAUUAUUAGGUGGUAAAGUCGAUUGGAGAAGAUCUAUGAUUACUACUGACAUGAAUCCAUAUUAUGACGCAUUUAUUAGAUGGCAAAUGAAUAGAUUGAGGGAAUUGGGUAAAAUCAAGUUUGGUAAGAGAUAUACCAUUUAUUCUGUCAAAGAUGGACAAGCUUGUAUGGAUCACGAUAGACAGUCUGGUGAAGGUGUUUUACCUCAAGAAUACACUGCGAUCAAAAUCCAAGUGACCGAGUUCACCGACAAGGCAUUAGAACAUUUCAAAUCUGAGAAUUUUGAUUUGGAAGGUAAGAAGGUUUACCUAGUUGCUGCAACUUUGAGACCAGAAACUAUGUACGGACAAACCUGUUGUUUUGUUUCGCCUAAGAUUAACUAUGGUGUUUUCAAGGCUUCUGAAGACGAAUAUUACAUUUGUACGGAAAGAGCCUUCAAGAAUAUGGCUUACCAAGAUUUGACACCGGUCAGAGGUGAUUAUACAUCUUCUGCUAAGGUAAAUGGAUCGUUGCUUGUUGGUUCAAAGAUUCAUGCACCAUUAGCUGUUCAUGAAAUUUUGAGGGUCUUGCCUAUGGAAACCAUCUUAGAAAACAAGGGUACAGGUGUUGUUACCUGUGUUCCAUCUGAUUCACCAGAUGAUUUUGUCACUACUAGAGAUUUGUUCAACAAACCAGAAUAUUACAAGAUUGAGAAAGAGUGGGUUAUUGAAGAACCGGUUGCCAUUGUUAACACUGAAAAAUAUGGUGAUAAGUGUGCUGAAUAUCUAGUUAAGGAAUUGAAGAUUAAUUCACCUAAGGAUGCUAACCAAUUAGCUCAAGCAAAGGAAUUGGCCUACAAGGAAGGUUUCUAUAACGGUACUAUGAUUAUUGGUAAAUACAAGGGUGAAAAGGUUGAAGUUGCAAAACCAAAAGUUAAGUCCGAUUUGGUUGCUUCCGGCGAAGCAUUUAUCUAUAAUGAGCCUGAAAACGUUGUGAUGUCUAGAUCCGGUGACUCAUGUAUUGUUUCCUUAGAAGAUCAAUGGUACACCGACUACGGUGAAGAAAACUGGAAGGAACAAGCCCUAGAAUGUUUAGCAAGAAUGAGAACUUUCCAUAAUGAAACUAAGAAUGCCUUUGAAGGUGUUUUUGAUUGGUUAAAGAACUGGGCGCUUUCGAGAAGUUACGGUUUGGGCACUAAAAUUCCAUGGGAUGAUAAAUAUUUAGUUGAAUCUUUAUCCGAUUCUACUGUCUACCAAGCAUUCUACACUAUUUGUCAUCUUCUACAUAAGGACUUCAACGGUCAAGAAAUUGGACCUCUUGGUGUUAAACCAGAAGAUUUGACUGAUGAAGCAUUUGAUUACAUUUUCUGUAGAGGCGAUUCAGUUGAGAAUAUUCCAGUUCCAAAGGAAAAACUAGAUGUUAUGAGAAGAGAGUUUGAGUUUUAUUAUCCUUUAGAUGAAUCUAUUUCUGGUAAAGAUCUAAUUCCAAAUCAUUUGACUUUCUACAUUUACUGUAACGUUGCGUUAUUCAAGAAAGAGUUCUGGCCUGCUGGUAUCAGAUGUAACGGACAUUUAAUGUUAAACAACGCAAAGAUGUCCAAAUCUACCGGUAAUUUCUACACCUUGGAACAAUUGGUCAAUAAAUUUGGUGCCGAUGCAACCAGAAUUGCUCUUGCUGAUGCUGGUGAUACUGUUGAAGACGCCAACUUUGAUGAAACCAAUGCAAAUGCUGCCAUUUUGAGACUUUUUAACCUAAAGGAAUGGUUUGAAGAAAUGGUUAAGAAUAAGGACACUUUAAGAGAUGGAGCAUACAACUUCUUUGACAGAGCGUUUGAUAAUGAAAUGAAUCAAUUGAUUGAAGAGACUUAUAAGAACUAUGAAAUCACCUACUAUAAGGCUGCAUUAAAGACUGGUUUGUUCGACUACCAGUAUGCAAGAGACUUCUACAGAGAAAUUUCUCUCUCAACAGGUGCAGGUUUACAUAAGGAUCUUGUGUUCAAGUACAUUGAAACACAGGUUUUAUUAUUAUCUCCAAUUGCACCACAUUUCUGCGAUUACGUUUACAGAGAGUUGCUCGGUAAGGGUUCUAUUCAUCACGCUAAGUGGCCUGUUCCAGAAGCUGCUGUAUCUAAUGAAUUGUCUGCUGCUUUAUCCUACACCAGAAACUUACAGAGAACCAUCAGAGAAGCUGAAGGUUUCGCAUUGAAGAAGAAGAAGGGAGGCAGCUCUGAAGUUAAUAAGGACGCAGACUGUUCCUUGGCUGUUUAUGUAUGUUCAUCUUUCCCUCAAUGGCAAGCGAAGUAUGUUGAACUUGCAAAGAAACUUUAUUCUGAAGGCAAGUUUGAUGAUAUGAAAUCCGUCAAGGCUCAGAUUGAUGGUAAGGACAUGAAACGUGCUAUGCCAUUCAUCAACGAAUUGAAGAAACAGCUGUCCACCGAAAAACCAGAGGAGGUUUUCAACAGAGAGCUAUUGUUCAACGAACUCGACGUUGUGAGACAAGCAGUUGAGUCCAUAAAGAAAGCGCCAACUGUUCUUAAUGUAGCAGAAGUUCAAAUUAUUGCUUUCAACAACGGCUCUUCUACUGGUAAGAAUAUCAUCAACGAUUCUGAUGUUGAUAUUCCUCCAAAAGUUAAAUCUAUUGAGAACGCUGUUCCUGGACAUCCAGCUGUUCUUUUCAAAAACUUAUAG